AUGGGAAGCUUUAGCGGACCUUCACUCUCAUCCCACUUAUCUGCUGCAGUGUCCGCAGCAGCUGCUGCGUCUGCAACUGCAGCAGCAACUCCUUGCGGAGGGCCCCUGGGGGGAGCCCAUGAGGUUUGCUGCAGGCAAGGAAGCGCCGAGGCAAGGAAGCGCCGAGGACCCUCACGGCGGCGCUGCGGUGGGUCCAGAAGCCGCUGCCUUUGUCUCCCUGCUGCAGCUGCUGUAUACCCGUUGUAUACCCGUGGGGGAGCUGCUGCACUUGGAAUCCAGAAGCACCAGCAGCAGCAGCAACACGGCUUCUCUGCCGACGCUUCAGACGUAUGUGAAAGAAGCGACGAGGCUGCAGAGUCCCAUUUUCCACUUGUAAAUCAGCAACAGCAACAGCAGCAAGAGCAGCAACAGCAACAGCAACUACAACCGCAACUGCAGCAGCAGCAGCAGGUGCGGGGUUGGCUGCCGCUUUCAGACGCAGCAACUCUCCCCACUGAGGCUGGCAGCAGCGCAGCCACGCUACAGGAGCUGCUGAACCCCGCAGCGUUGCUAGAAGGGUCCCUUGAGGCUCUUCAUGGGCCCCUUGCUGCUCAGCUUGCUGCUGUUCUCGACAGUAGCAUAAACAGCACCAGCACCAGCACCAGCAGCUGCGGCAUCACAGCGUUCAAAAUAGGCUUGCUGCUAGAACAAGCAGCAGCGGCUACUGAGCAAGCAAUCGCUGCUGCCGUUCAGAACUCUCCUGAAAAGCGUCUUGAGAGAGAGCAGCAUCAGCAGCAGCAGCAGCAACAGCGGCAGCCGCUGCUGGUGCGUUUCUUGUUGGAUCUUUCAACGAGGGUGCUGGACAGGCUCGAGACCCAGUGGGACUCCUCGGCGCUGCUGCUGCCGCUGCCGCAGCUAUCCGCAGCAGCAACAGCAGAAUGGGCCCCCGCCGCUGAAGAGGGGGCUGCAGCAGUUUGCCUCCGUUUCUGA